AUUCCUUUGCUUUGAUUCAGUCAGUUGUCGUCCUUGAAUUUCGGAGAGUCAUCCUCAUCAAUUUAAUCGAAGAACAUUCCCGAAACUUUUUCUCGAAAAAUUAACAAACCAAGUAGAAACAUGCCACAAAAAGCAGUAUGCGUUCUCAAGGGAGAUAAGGUUCAGGGAACCGUUUGGUUUAAUCAGGAGGCUGAAGGGAAACCAGUCGCAGUGACUGGAGAAAUCAAGGGGCUCGGCGCUGGUCUUCAUGGAUUUCAUGUCCACGAAUUUGGAGAUACGACCGACGGCUGCACCUCCGCCGGGCCACAUUUCAACCCGAAGGGGAAAACCCACGGAGGUCCUGGCGAUGCUGAGCGCCACGUUGGAGACUUGGGUAAUGUGACCGCAGGGGGUGACGGAGUGGCCAAAAUUGACGUUAAGGACAGUCUGAUUUCGCUCUUUGGUGAAAACAAUGUGGUCGGAAGGACAAUGGUGGUCCAUGCUGACCCCGACGAUUUGGGAAAAGGUGGUCACGAGUUGAGCAAGACAACUGGAAAUGCUGGAGCUCGAGUGGCUUGUGGGGUUAUCGGUUUAGCUAAAGCUUGAAUUGAUCAUCAUCAGCAUCAUCAUCAGGGUUAUCAGAAGUGUGACGAAAAUAUUAGCGUUUCAGAUCAAAAUAAUUCGAAAUUGGACCUAAUUAGCAAGAGUAAAAUUUAAUACUUUCCUGAUAAGAAAAAUUGCUUUAAUGUGUUCUAUUCAACUAUUUUUUGGUUAAGCCUUGAGAUAUUCUUUUAAAAUUCUUUAAUUGCCCAAAAUAUAGUUACAUAAUUACUAUUAAAAAACCCAGCUAAUGUAGCUUUAUUUUUUGGAAAACAUUCCUACAUUUAAGAAGACCAAACAGUUUCAAUUUAUUUCUAGAUAUAAAUAAAUAUUCAAAUAUGUGCUGAAUUUGUCAAAGUUGAAAUAAAACUGGAAUUCGAAAUAGUA